UUUUGUUUGGAGUAGACAAAGGAAAAUGUGUUGAGUCCAUAUAUUUGCAGGACUUAGUGAAUGAAGCAAAGAAAGAAGGAGCAGAGACACCAAAUUUGCAAAACCUGAAAGUUCUCAGUUCUCACUCGAUUCACUGCCACAUUCUCUCUUCCCCAUGGAUUACCUUAAAACCGCGCUUCCUUCACAAGUGAUGUCCGAACGAGGCUCCAAUCUGGUUGUUAUCAACCCAGGUUCUGCGAAUAUAAGAAUUGGCUUGGCUUCACAGGACACCCCUUUUGAUAUUCCUCAUUGCAUUGCUCGCCAUACCAAACAAGUUCCCAAGAAAAAUGUUCAAGAUCAGAUGCUUAAUAGUCAGGUUACCACUGCUCUGUACAUGGAAAGGGAAAAGGCUUAUGAUUCUAUUGCAUCACUGUUGAAGAUACCGUUUCUGGAUGAAGAAACUCCUAGUAGCUCUUUCCCUCGAAAGCUGGGACGCGUUGAUGGACAUAAUCCACAUAUUACCCGAAAAGAUUUGCCCUUCACUUGGACUAAUGUCUAUGAGGAGGCCACUAGUUCCUCUUCAGCAUCAGAACCUUCAAAUAAAGAUGAGACCGGUGAGUCUUUGGAUCCAAAAGAAGGUACAGAUUCAAAGGAAAUUGGUAUCAACGAACAAAAAUUCAGAGAGUUUAUUUGUGGUGAGGAAGCACUAAGAAUAUCCCCGGCUGAUCCGUAUUGUUUAUGCCGUCCAAUCCGCAGAGGACACUUGAAUAUUUCACUAUAUUAUCCCAUGCAGCAGGUACUUGAGGAUCUGCAUGCUAUUUGGGACUGGAUUUUAAUAGAGAAGCUGCACAUUCCUCGCAAUGAAAGAAAUAUGUAUUCAGCUAUUCUUGUUAUGCCAGAAACAUUUGAUAAUCGUGAAAUAAAGGAAAUGCUAUCUUUAGUACUGCAAGAACUCUGCUUUGGCUCAGCAGUGGUACACCAGGAAGGUCUUGCUGCCGUUUUCGGAAAUGGAUUAUCAACAGCAUGUGUUGUGAAUAUUGGUGCUCAGGUGACGUCACUUAUAUGCAUAGAGGACGGAGGCGCUCUACCUUCAACCGCAAAGACUCUAACUUUUGGUGGUGAGGAUAUAUCAAGGAGUCUUCUCUGGACACAAAGGCAUCACCAGACUUGGCCACAAAUUCGUACAGAUGUUUUGACAAAGCCUAUAGAUUUGUUAAUGUUAAAUCAACUAAAAGAGACAUAUUGUGAAAUCAAAGAGGGUGAACUGGAAGCUGUUGCAGUAGUUCAUUCCUAUGAGGGCAACGCGCCAGCUGGAUCUCACAAGACAAGGCUUACUGCUCUUAAUGUUCCUCCUAUGGGGUUGUUCUAUCCAAUGCUUUUGGUUCCUGAAGUAUAUCCUCCUCCACCACGUACUUGGUUUCAUGAUUAUGAGGAUAUGCUAGAAGAUACUUUCUAUUCUAAUGAGUUUUCCCGAAGAUCUGAUAUGUCAGAUACUUUCUAUCCUAAUGUUAAUGGAGGACUACCCAUGUGGGAAAGCUACCCAUUUUAUUCAACUAAGCCAAAAAAAGAAGAGAAAGUUGGCCUUGCAGAGGCUAUUACCCACUGCAUUCUCUCCACUGGUCGCAUCGAUAUCCAGAGAAAAUUAUUUUGUAGCAUACAAUUGACUGGUGGAGUGGCUUUGACAAAUGGUUUAGUUCCUGCAGUGGAAGAAAGAGUUUUACAUGCUAUUCCUCCAAAUGAAGCAAUUGAUACUGUCGAGGUUCUACAAUCAAGGACAAAUCCAACCUUUGUGCCAUGGAAAGGCGGGGCGAUUCUUGGAGUACUUGAUUUAGGUAGAGAUGCAUGGAUAAGUCGGGAGGAUUGGAUUAAGAAUGGUGUUCACGUUGGAAGUAACAGAAAGUACAAGGAUUCUUAUUUUCUUCAAGCUCAAGCUAUGUGUUACAUGAAUUCUUGAAAGGCCAUUGACACAUUGUAAAGAAAGUAGAAAAGAAGAAUGUUGAGUGUUUGAGAUAGGCUAUUCAAGUAAUAGUUACAUGGAUUAGAAUUGCAUCAUUCCUUGUUACUUAUGUUUUGUGUUAAGGGAUAAAUUCACUUCAAAUGCGUUUAGGUAGCUGUGUAGAUUUGAAUUAUGGUCUUUCCACAUUAAAGAUGCCUUGCAAGUGUAAGAUUAGGUCACCGUGAUCAGUGGGAAAUGAACUACAUUUGGAAAUAGAUUUUUAUUA